AUGUCCAGUCAUAUUUCCGCGAGAGCUCAGCAAGUCCUAAAAGAGGACAUCGAGCAAACUUUAGCCCUCGCUCAUAAUGCCACAAAAAGCAGGUCAUAUUUGUAUCCCUUCAAGGGCAUGCUUUACUUCCUCACUCACACGGAACUAUGGAAGCCUUUGCGUUCGAAGCUCAUCCCCUACUUGACUCUCUAUUCCGGAGUUCUGGGAUCUAUGUUUGCCGUUACCUACAUUCCGCAACUCACACUAAUGGCGUUCGUCAAUGGCCCGUUCGCUGUCUUCACUACUGCCUUCCUUGUGGUAAGUGAGAGCUCGACUAUUGUCAACCUCUUGGCCAGGAAUUACCUGCUGCGUGACGCCAUCUUCGACACAUUCGAUGGAACAUUGCUGUCCAGGAAUGCCGGCUAUCUGGUUGCACAGGGCAGAGAAGUGAAGACUCAUGGAGACGUGAUCGAACGGCUUGGGAAGAUGCUCAGGAAGCCCUUCACUUCGUUUGGUAUCAAUGAUCUAAUCCGCUAUCUUAUGUAUCUUCCCCUAAAUAUUGUCCCCGUUAUUGGCACAGUUGCAUUCUUGUUCCUGAGAGGACGUGCCCGGGCUGCCCAUGUUCACGAGAGGUAUUUCCAACUGAAAGGAUGGUCGAUCUCCAAGCGAGAAAAAUGGCUAAAGGACCACGACGGUCCUUACACCGCAUUCGGUAUAGUUGCCACUGUCCUUGAGGAGGUCCCUCUCGCUUCUAUAUUAUUUUCCUUUACCAACACAGCUCUGUGGGCAGCCGACAUCGAAGCUCAAGAAACCUCUCCGAUUGAGAAUAUUGCGUCAAGGUUACUAGGAGCUCAGGGGGCCAAGUGA